CAACGAUCUCGACCUUAUUCGAAUGGUGUUGACUAAGGAAUUCGGAAGUUUCCAUGACCGCGGAAUGUAUUGUAACGAAAAGAUCGACCCAUUGUCCAACCAUUUGUUUCUUAUAUCUGGGAAGAAAUGGAGAAAUAUGCGCGUCAAGAUGACGCCCACUUUUACUUCGGGAAAAAUAAAGCAGAUGUUCUCGAUCCUAAAAGAGUGUAGUGAAGAACUUGCAAAGUAUCUAGAGAGCAAAGCGCAGAUAAAAGAUUCCAUCGAGAUGAAAGAUAUAUUUGCAAGGUAUUCAACGGAUAUAAUUAUGUCAACGGCUUUUGGUAUUAAAUCUAAUUGUAUUAAGGAGCCUAAUAAUGAGUAUAGAAUCCAGUCAAAAAAAAUUUUUGAUAUAAAUCCAAUUUGGAUCGCCCUGUAUGUGUUUGUGCCACAAAUUAUGGAUUUCUUUUCCGUCCCCCUCAUAAAUAGAAACGUCACCAGUUUUUAUAUGAACAUGUUUCGAGAAAAUGUAGAACACAGACAAUCUCAUAACAUGGUCAGACACGAUUUUAUGAAUCUGCUCAUUCAACUUAUGGAGAGGGGCUAUGUUGAACCUGAUGAUGACAAGGAAGCCACCAAUAUGUCGUCAACUGUAAGCAAACUUACUAUGGCAGAAGCUGCUGCACAAAGUUUUAUCUUUUUCAUAGCUGGAUUUGAAACGAGCUCGACGACAGCCACAUUCGCUCUAUACGAAUUAGCUCAACAUCAAGAUAUACAGGACAAAGUUUGCAAAGAAAUCGAUGAAAUAUUAGCAAAACAUGGUGGUUUGACCUAUAAUGCUGUGAAUGAAAUGACAUAUCUUCAUAAAGUAAUAAAUGGCAAGUAAACUAUCGCAAA